GUCCCGCCCCUGCCCCCGCCCCGGGGCCGCGCGGCUGCCUGGGAGGCUCCGGGCCAGCCGCGGUCCAGAGCGCGCGAGGUUCGGGGAGCUCGGCCAGGCUGCUGGUACCUGCGUCCGCCCGGCGGCCUCCGCGAAUGUUUCCAAAGAUCUGGGGCGGGAGCGGGCGGAGACUGCCGCCAGGAGCCUCCCGGCCGCCCCAGGGCUGCGCAGCCACUGGAGCCCAUCACCCAACUCCAGACGCUCCUGGCUCCUCUACGUGGGCCGGGAGGGACAGCCUUGAGGACUAGGGGAGGGGGCACGGGACCUUGCAGAGCUCCUGGCCGGAAAGGGAGGAUUGACCGCCCCCGGCGUAUCACCCCGGAGCACGGGAACCCGCCCCCGCUUCUUGUUUUGGCACUGGUGGUGCUUGCGAGCAGGACAGGCUGCUUUGGUUUGUGACCUCCAGGCAGGACGGCCAUCCUCUCCAGAAUGAAGAUCUUCUUGCCAGUGCUGCUGGCUGCCCUUCUGGGUGUGGAGCGAGCCAGCUCGCUGAUGUGCUUCUCCUGCUUGAACCAGAAGAGCAAUCUGUACUGCCUGAAGCCGACCAUCUGCUCCGACCAGGACAACUACUGCGUGACCGUGUCUGCUAGUGCUGGCAUUGGGAAUCUCGUGACAUUUGGCCACAGCCUGAGCAAGACCUGUUCCCCGGCCUGCCCCAUCCCAGAAGGCGUCAAUGUUGGUGUGGCUUCCAUGGGCAUCAGCUGCUGCCAGAGCUUUCUGUGCAAUUUCAGUGCGGCCGAUGGCGGGCUGCGGGCAAGCGUCACCCUGCUGGGUGCCGGGCUGCUGCUGAGCCUGCUGCCGGCCCUGCUACGGUUCGGCCCCUGACCGCCCAGACCCUGUCCCCCGAUCCCCCAGCUCAGGAAGGAAAGCCCAGCCCUUUCUGGAUCCCACAGUGUAUGGGAGCCCCUGACUCCUCACGUGCCUGAUCUGUGCCCUUGGUCCCAGGUCAGGCCCACCCCCUGCACCUCCACCUGCCCCAGCCCCUGCCUCUGCCCCAAGUGGGGCCAGCUGCCCUCACUUCUGGGGUGGAUGAUGUGACCUUCCUUGGGGGACUGCGGAAGGGACGAGGGUUCCCUGGAGUCUUACGGUCCAACGUCAGGACCAAGUCCCAUGGACAUGCUGACAGGGUCCCCAGGGAGACCGUGUCAGUAGGGAUGUGUGCCUGGCUGUGUACGUGGGUGUGCAGUGCACGUGAGAGCACGUGGCGGCUUCUGGGGGCCAUGUUUGGGGAGGGAGGUGUGCCAGCAGCCUGGAGAGCCUCAGUCCCUGUAGCCCCCUGCCCUGGCACAGCUGCAUGCACUUCAAGGGCAGCCUUUGGGGGUUGGGGUUUCUGCCACUUCCAGGUCUAGGCCCUGCCCCAAAUCCAGCCAGUCCUGCCCCAGCCCACCCCCACAUUGGAGCCCUCCUGCUGCUUUGGUGCCUCAAAUAAAUACAGAUGUCCCCCA